AAUAUUUUCUAGUUAAAAUCCUAGUUGUACAUUGUUAUUAACAUUUCACUAAAAUAAUAAUAAUAAUAUGUUAGUUACAUUAAUAAAACUUUUAACUAUAUUAUUAUGUUUCAAUAGUGUAGUAUUGCUAAACAACAAUAUUACUGCAACUUUUAUGAAAAAUCCAAAUUCGACAACUAAUAGUACAAUUUAUAUUUGUGGCGGUAGUAGUGAUGAUAGUACUGGAUAUUUAUCAAAUUGUUAUCAAUAUAACCAGCAAACAGGUGUUUGGCUAACAAUUAAAUCAAUGUCUACUCCACGCUAUGAAUAUCGUUUAGUAUCCAAUAAAAAUCAAUUGUAUGCAAUCGGUGGUUAUGGUGGUACAAAAUAUUUAAACACUGUUGAAACAUAUAAUCAACAAACAAAUCAAUGGCAAUCAUUGGCAUCAUUAAGAAUAACAAGGAGUAAUAUAGGUGCUGCUUUAAUUAAUGAUACUAUAUAUGUAUGUGGCGGUGAAAACGAAAUUUCACUUAAAGAUCGCUUACUUAAAUCAUGCGAAUAUUAUUCCGCAAAUAUUAUGGAUAAUUGGUAUUUAACACAACAAAUGUUGACUGAAAGAGAGAGCCUAGAACUGGUAGCUCAUAGUGAUGGCUAUCUGUAUGCUAUUGGAGGCUAUAGUAAUACAGGUACUGAAAGUACAAUGGAUAGAUAUGAUACACAAACUAGACAAUGGACUCAAAUGGCACCAAUGCAAUCAUCUAGAUAUAAUUUUGGUUCGGUAUCAUUUAUGGGUAAAAUAUAUGUUUGCGGCGGCGAUGGUAGUAGUGAUGGUAAAGCAUGUGAAUCGUAUGACCCGAAAACAAAUCAAUGGACAAAAAUUGCAUCAAUGAAUAGACCAAGAUUUCAAUUUAAACUAAUAGUUUUUGAUGAUUUAUUAUAUGCUAUGGGCGGCACUCCAGUUACUGAUUCAGUGGAAAUAUACGAUGAAAAAGCAGAUCAAUGGUAUUAUUCAAUGCAAUUACCGAUAAAACUAUAUGGUUUUGGGGGUAGAGGUUCAUUAAUUGUAAUUUGUGUCGAUGAUGCGUUAUAUACAACAAAUUGCUAUCAACUUGAUAAUCAGCAACGUAAAUGGCAAUCAAUUGAAUCAUUGACAACUCAGCGAGCAAAUUUUGGUUUUGUAUCUAGCAAAAAUCAAUUGUAUGCAAUCGGUGGCUGGAAUGUUAAUCGAUUUGGAAUUUUAGACGAUGUUGAACAAUACAAUUACCAAACAAAAACAUGGAAAUCAAUUGCAUCUCUAAAUAAUCCUAACAAUUAUUUAGCUGCUGCUGUACUUAAUGAUACUAUAUAUGUUUGUGGUGGUGGAAACGAUCGCAUACUUAAAGACUGUGAAUAUUAUUCAACAGUUAUUAUGGAUAAAUGGCAUAUUGCAACACCGAUGUCUAUUAAACGGUUUGGUCUGGAACUGGUAGCCCAUAGUGAUGGUUAUCUGUAUGCUAUUGGAGGUAGAGUAGACAAUACAGGUGUUGAAAGUUCAAUGGAAAGAUAUGAUCCGAAAACUAAACAAUGGACACAAGUGGCUAAUAUGAAAUCAUCUAGAUACACAUUUGGUUCGGCAUCAUAUAUGGACAAAAUAUAUGUUUGCGGCGGUUCGGGUAAUAGUGAUAGCAGUGAAUGUGAAGCAUAUGAUCCGAUAACAAAUCAAUGGAGAAAAAUAGCACCAAUGAAUACUAAAAGAAAUAAUUUUAAGCUAUUAGUUUUCAACAAUUUAAUAUAUGCAAUGGGUGGCUAUCCAGGUAUUGAUACAGUUGAAAUAUAUGAUGUAAAAUCAGAUAAAUGGUAUUAUACACAAUCAAUGCCAGUUAAAGGUUAUGGUUUUGGGGCUACAGUAAUAACAACAACUACCACAUAAUAUAUUAUGGUUUAAUAUUUAAUAAAUAAAAUUCA